GCAACGAAGUCUCAGUUGAUCAUCGAAGUUAAACCGUUCAAGUGUAUUCGCUCAAUCUGCGCUCCGUGUCGAAGAUAACUGUAAAUCCGCGACAAAGAAAGACGAAGUUUUACCUUGGACUAACCGAGAACAGAGAGGCUAAUCUAUCCUUGGACUUCGCGAUUGGCGUGUAUCAUUGUUAAUAGUGACUAUCGCGGGAACCGAAGUGAUCCGAAAAUUCGCUGGUUAAUAUUCAAGAUAUUUCUUUUUCUCAAAGUGGAUUUUAAUCAGAAGUAAUCAGUGAUUACCGAUCGUCACUAGAAUCACGUCCUAAGAGACGAGAAGACACUUCGAGAGAUACCAGAAGUGAUUACGAGUGUGGUUGAUGUCUUUGAAGAACGCAACUGCGGCCGACCAUGGGAAUGGUGCCUGAAGCCUUAGGGUGAAGUGUCACGUUAACAUGCGCUAAGGUUCAGCAGAAUGCCGAAAAUUUUCCUGAUCAAGAAUCGAUUGCAUCAACAACAAUUGAGGCUAUUAGAGGCACACCACGCCGGAAAGAAUUCAUCGACUAAUGGUGCCGAACCUCUCAGUCUCAUUGUGAAUAAACAUCAGUAUCGCGAGAAAACAGACGAUGAUCGAGCAACGACCCCGGAAUCAUUACGCAGCAGCAGUCCAGCUUCUUCUCCGCCGCCACAAUGGCAAUCGAGUACUCCAACCGAUACACCCCCGCGUCGAUUCAUUUCGAGUAUUCUCGGCGGAGACGUACCAUACGGGAGCAGAGGACACGUAUUGACUAGGGCGGAACGUAAAGAAUAUAGCAGCCCACCGAUCGUUCCCUCCUCUAGCGAUGCUACUCAAUUUCUCUCGAAAUCGGAGAAGCUGGUGUUGCCCAGACCCGACACUCCUCCAAAAACACCAAGAGUUGAACCACCGACUAGAGUGUCGGUCAUUCAAAGGGUGCCUUCACAAGGUCAGUCAACGUCUAGGAGGGAAGAUAAGAUUGAGGUGCCACAGGUUCACGAACCGGAACAGGAACAGCCAAUCGAUUAUGCUGUGCCGAAGAGAAAGGAAGAGGACGACGAGCGAGGUCGCGAAGGUGCGAAAGUAUCGCGCGCGAUCGGUAAUUCAAUUGCCAGGCCUCUUCUGGCUAUGAGAUUAUCUGGUCCUCAGGUAGUUCACGCAGCAGCAGGUCACGGAAGAUCUUCAACUUCUGGUAGCAGCGGGAGUUCCGGUUCUAGCAACGGGUCUAGCAACUCUGGUAGUUCCUCUUCUUCGAAUUCAGGCGGAAGUGGUAGCUACUGCGGAGGCGGAGCAGUCACAGGUGGUAGUGGAGGCGGUGGAGCUGUAGGCGGAGGUGCAGGGGGUGGAAUGAAUCCCGGUGGAAACGGUCGCGGAAAUUACGGACCGAGUUCGCCACCCACUGGCUCUUUACCUCCCUUCUACGAGUCCCUCAAGGGCGGGAAUAAUCUGGCAAAUUUCGCAAAUCAGUACAACAGUACUCAAGGAAACGGAUAUCUAACACCAUCACCGGCGGUAGGAAUGGAUUGCGACGCAGGACAGCAAGAAAUGAACUCACAGCAUUCUCAAUAUAAUGCUCAAGAGGGCAAGCAAUACUCUCUUCUACAGAAUGUGUGCGCAUCUUAUGGUUUGACACUGAAAGAGGAGGAAGAUCUGUCCCCAUACAGGAUACAAACAAACGAUUUGCUGUCGGGACAUUAUGGCACCUAUGAUAUGACCGACACAGGAAUGAUGGUAGACAUGGUGACGGGCGCCGUUGUAGAUCCUCUUCAAUUAACCGCUACCUUGUCCUUCAACUCAGCCUCGGAUCAUACCGCUUUACUUGAGAGUCUGAGCGAUGCUGCCGAUCUGUUCCUACCAAGGCUGCCAGCUGAGGAUGGUAGCAACGAUCUUCUGGAAGAAUCUUUGCACUCGCCAGCUUCGGCUGGAAGUGGAAUCCAGGGCCAGGACGGCGGGCAAAUGACCACUCCCGUAGAACCGAGCGUCGAUCCUUUCCCAGAGCACAGCAUGGCCUUAACCAGAGGCUUCGACGCGUCGAGGAGCAGCUACACAGCAGUUCCUCAACAUUUCAGUUCGAAAUUAGGGCUGACCUACGCUACAACAGAGUCAAGUUAUCAGCCCAUUUCCAAAGAACGCCCGGAGCUCGCGCUUCACAUUAAUCAGAACCACCAACACCAAUCGGAACCGCAGUUGCAACAGCUACAGAUACAGGUGCAGUUGCAACAACACCAACAUCAACACCAACACCAACAACACCAGCAGCAUCAGCAGCAGCAACCGCCACCGCAGCAGCAGCAGCAAGCCACGACGACCUCUCCUCAUCAACAGCAACACCAAGGACUGUUGAGUCCAGGAUUAAGUUUUACCGGUAGCGGUUUGGAAUUAGAUUCUGGUAGUAGCGUUGGUGGGAGCUUACCAAGCCCAGGAGCAGCUAGCUGUUCUUUGGACGCCGCCUCGACCAGCACAUCGCCAUCCUGUGCUUUGAUGGAACAUGCACCAAGUCCGACGACUACGGUGCCCUCUGCAUCGGUAAAUACCGUGCAACCGACUGGUCCUGUCGGAGAACCACCACUGACGCAACGGGUCGGUGUACUGCAGCAAAGGCUUGGACUUCCUGGUGACUGCCAAUUGGAGUUCGUAAACGGCGGCCACGGAAUUAAAAAUCCUCUGGCGAUCGAGGGUCAGAGACAGGCUGCGGCUACUCGCGAGGAAGAGAGAGCAGCUCGACCUCCGCCUGGCAAGGAUGACGAUCCGAAUCGUUUCACGUGUCGCGUGUGCACCAAGAAUUUCAGCUUGCAAAGACUGUUGAAUCGCCACAUGAAAUGCCACAGCGACGUAAAACGUUAUUUAUGCACAUUCUGUGGCAAGGGUUUCAAUGACACGUUCGAUUUGAAGAGGCACACCAGGACACACACCGGUGUUCGUCCGUACAAGUGUAAUCUCUGCGAAAAGAGCUUUACGCAAAGGUGCUCUCUGGAAAGUCACUGCCUUAAGGUACACGGUGUUCAACAUCAAUACGCAUAUAAGGAACGUCGCACAAAGGUAUACGUAUGCGAAGAAUGCGGUCACACGACGCAGGAGCCGGAGGUCCAUUACCUACAUCUGAAAGAUAAACACCCAUACAGCCCGGCCUUGUUGAAGUUCUAUGAUAAGCGGCAUUUUAAAUUUACCAACAGCAAUUUUGCCAACAUGUUGCUCCAGGGUGGCCUGUUGCAACGAGAAUCGCGGAAUACGGACAGCUGCGUAAAAUCAGCCUCGAAAAGCCUCGAAGCACCUCUUCAACGUGCCACGACAUUGUUGCACCUGAGUCGAGCUUCCAGCUUGUGAUGAUGACUACAAAGAUAGCGAGAUGACAAAGAAGAGGAAGGAAGAAACGAAGGAAAGAAGAACGAAGAGGGAGGCUGACUACGAUUUUUUAGCUACUCAACUGGAAGGCCAUCAAACGCAUCUUGAAAUAAACGUCGCGCGAAAAGUACCUGCAGAUGGCCCCCUUAAGCGGUGAUACACGACGGCGUCGAGAGCCGAUGACGAUCAGAUUAAUUGCGAGAAUCCACGUGAAUCUCAUAAUUGUCCACGAGAUUUGUACUGACCCAUGAAUCCCAGAGCAUACGCAUAAAAACAGAAAAGUACAUUUGCAUACACAGUAUUGCCUUAUUGAGUACACGAUAACUGACGCGUAAGGUUUCGUCAACCACAUAUAGGUAGAUAUAUAAUAUAUGUAUAUGUGUAGACUAUGAUAUUUAGGUUACAAAAAAAUACGAAAGAUAAAGUAGCGAAGAAAAAGAAAAAUUAUACCCAAAGACUCGGAUCGAACGUUUCAGGAAUGAUGACCAUUUCUUCUCGUCCUUACCACGAGAUGGGAUUACGCGGUCCUUUUUAGAACGUUCUUUUUUCUUUUCUUUUAACGAUACACGGCAAGUUACGUUGCUUUCCGACUUAGAGGGUAAAAAAUUACGUAGAAGUAUCUGACAUUUGCACGAGACCUGUGUCAGGUAUUUCUCAAAUUUUCGUUACACCGAGAUAACGAUACAUAUUUUGGUAAACAUAUCGUGUCUUGAGGUAAUUGUUCUUAUUUCCAAUCGUUGCGUUUCGACUGAGGCAUUUCUGAGAAAAGGGGAAUGCAAAAAGAAAUUUUUUGUUUGUUCUUUUCUUUUAAAUAAUAGACGCCUAUCGGUACGCGCUUUGGGAAAUCUGUGAUAUAAUAACAAUUUUACUCAUUCCUCCGCGCACAAGAUUUCGCUUAUUGCACCUUGGUUCUUUCAUGGGACGAGCACUGUCAUAGUAAAGUGAAAAUACACGAUACACAUAUACACAAUUCCUCGCGGUGUUUUCUGUAUACAGAAAAUCCCCUUCUUCUAUUUAUUUUCUGAUUUCAAUCGUUGACAUUCUUUUUUAUUUUAAAUUCGAUAUGAUUCAUUUUAUAUAUCAAAUUUUUUUAUAUGUCAAAGGUUUCAUUACUUUCAAUUUCUUAGUAAAAUUAAUAUAUUGACAAACGCCAAAAAGGCAGUGCAUAUACAGACAAAGAUAAUGGGGUUUCGUGCAAUUCUAUGGUGGUAGGUUACAUGAUUACUUGGGCGACACAUGUAUAACAGCGUACGAAUCUGUUCGCGAUUCGAUUUAUCAAUAAAGGAACAAUCCGAGUCAUCAUCUAGGCGCUUAUACAUAAUUUCGCGAAAAACUUAAAUCCAGGUUAUGCAAAUAGAAAGAUCUGCUGGUAUCAAACCGAAUUGUACUCCGCGAAACGGGUAUAUACUCUUUUAAAAACACCAAUUGGUUUCUGACUAAAUUGCACAAUUCAUAUAAUGUUCUUAGAAAUCUUAACAUAUCAUAUUUUGCCGUUAGACAAAUCAAUCUUUCGAAAUCUAAAUCGAUUUUAAAAUCUAAAAACCGUUUAAAAUUUUCGAGAUCUUAUCACGGUUUUAUUAAGAUGUUAUUUGAAUAUUGGGACAUAUACAUACUAGGACACUUUGCAAUUCAAUUACAUCACUUAUUCAUUUCUUUUCACACAAGCAAAACAAUAAUAUAAGAGCUGAAAUAAACACAAUGAAAAACACGUUUCGAAACGUACAUUUAAGUUGUGAUAUUUUCCUUCGAACAUAGGUAUGUUUCCAGCAAAUUCACAAAGUGUAAAUAGUAUUCACACACAAGUAAUUGUUAGAGUAUUUUCAACAUUCUUUAUCAUUUUACAGUAUAUCAUGCGGACGAAUAGCACAACUUGUAUAUAGCAAAUAUUAAUUAGGUUGCACGAGACGUAAACAGUCUUAAACAUUUGAUUAUCUGGUACCUUUUCUUUUUUGUAUCGAUAAUGUAUACUAUUUUCGCUAUAUUAUAUCUUGACAAUACUCGGGAAUAAUAGUACUUCUCGUGGUAAUCUAUUAAUUAUAACUAAUACUAUUUUAUUGCUAAUGUUAUUGUAUUUUAAUUUUAAUAUAAUAUUAUUAUUAUAUAAUUAUUAUUAUAUAAGUAAUAAUAAAUAUUAUUAUUUCUAUUAUGAUUAUUUAAUUUACGUCCAGUAUUGUUUGAAACUAGCAUUGAGAUACUUCUACUAUCAUUAUUAAUACAAAUCUACAUUUUAUACCCACUAUCAUUUGCACCAAUAUUCACCAAUAGUUAUUUAUCUUGACCUUUCAAGACGCGUCAGGACACUCUAUCACCUUUCCCUCUUCUAGUAUUAUUGCAAUAUUAUGUUUUCCAACUGUUUAAUAUUAUAUUAUUAUUAAUAUCGAUAUUUCUCCUCAAUUAAUAAUUCUGACUAUAUAUUUACUUUAUUAAUAAUUUAGAAAUAUAUAAAUAUAUAUUUGUAUAUGCAUUACCUAUAUACCUAUAUAUCUAUACAAAUAUAUAGAUAUGCAGAUAGAUAGAUACAUAAAUUAAAAAAAAUAUAUAUAUCGACGUUAUCACAUGCUAUUAAUAAAGUGCGCCAUGUACGUUCGAAUUUUGAAUGAGCGUCAAAUGACUAAUGUAUGCGUGAAAGAUAGAAAUGAGUGUGUUCCGCACGACUGUUCAAUAUACUGUGUAUGAUGGAUCUUGGAGAAUUUGAAAUCUUAAAGUGUCAAGCAAUACUAAUAAAACAUUAUAAUGUUUUACAUCACACAUAGACACUGAUCUAAGCUCUCAACCCUGUCGUCAUUCAUUGAUACUAAAUUUAACGAAUUGCGAAUACGCGCUGUCUGUUUAUGUAGAAAUAGAAGAAAUAAUAAAAGUAAUAUUAUAUGCA